AUGGCCUCCCACAACUUCCCGCCGUGCACGGCGCGCCGGAACCGGAAGACGACGGUGGGGACAGCACAGCCCCUUCCCUUCCACCAGUGUGCCCGGGGCCGCCGGGCCGCGUUGCCGCGGCACCACGGUUCCGCUGCAGCCCUGUCCCGCCGCCCGGCGAGAGCCCCGCUCCGCCGGCGGUGCCCGCUCCUGGGGCAGGGCUGGCUACCGGCGCUUCCCCGCCCGCCUCAGGUCGCGCUCCGCCCCUCGGUCCCUCAUCCCCCGCCCGCCGUGUCAUGUCCCUGGCCACCGACACGCCCGACCGCCGCCACCCACACCGCAGCGACGGCGCGGGGCAGACGCCCCGGGGCGCGGCCCCCCGCAGCCCCCGCCCCCGCGGCCGGGAGGAGCCAGCGCCGCGCCGAGGCAUGCCGGGGCUCUGGGCCGCGCCGCCGGCUCGGCGGGGCCGGCAGUGAGCGGGCGGCAGGUCCCGGCGCCAACAUGAAGAGCCCCCGGGAUCCCGGGGAGCCGCCGCCAGCCGAGUGCGUCCAGCUGAAGGUGCCAGUCAUUCAGCAGUUGUACCACUGGGACUGUGGGCUGGCCUGCUCCAGGAUGGUGCUUCAGUACCUGAAUCAUUUGGACAAUGAUGAAUUUCAGAAAGCCAUCCAGGAACUUCAGUUAACAAAGAGUAUCUGGACUAUUGACCUGGCCUAUCUAAUGCGGCAUUUCGGUGUUAAGCAUAAAUUUUGCACCCAGACGCUUGGAGUGGACAAGGGCUACAAAAAUCAGUCAUUUUACAGAAAGCACUUUGACACAGAGGAGAAUCGAGUGAAUCAGCUCUUUGCACAAGCCAAAGCCUGCAAGGUGCUGGUGGAGAAGUGCACAGUAACUGUUCAAGACAUCCAAAACCACCUGUCCCAAGGUCAUGUAGCCAUCGUCCUAGUAAAUGCAGUCCUGCUACUGUGUGAUCUUUGCUCAAGUCCUGUCAAAUACUGCUGCUUCCUCCCCAUUGGACAGAAGUGCUUCUGCAGGAAUCCUGACUACCAGGGCCAUUUCAUUGUGUUAUGUGGCUACAACAAAGCCUCAGGGAGUAUUUACUACAACAACCCUGCCUAUGCUGACCGAACAUGCUGCACCAGCAUCAGUAACUUUGAGGAAGCCAGGACAAGUUACGGUACUGAUGAAGAUAUUCUGUUCAUCUACACAGACAGCUGACAUCCACACCUGAUGCUUCUGGUCCUUUCCUGUGCAGCCUGUGUGGCAGCUGGCUGCUUGUCUCAGGACUUCCCCCUGCAGAGACCUUGCUCCUGAAGUGCAGUGGGAUCUUAAACAAUGGAGGCUUUUAUAGACAUUGAUAGGACUAUAUUGCAAUGCUGUCCUUUUUUUUUUUUUGUCCUGAUGAUGUAUCUGAUUUUGCAAUGUAUGUCUCAAUUCUUGUUUGUUUUUUUCUUCCUCAUUUUCAAGAUUGCACAUUUGCCAGCAGUUUUAAAGUACAGGCCCAGCACCUGUUUGCUUUGAGCUUAUUUUCAAAUUAAACACAUAAGAAAGAAGCACCAGAUUGAUCAACUUUAACACUUGGUAAUAUAUGCAUAGGUGUAGGUAAACAAAACCAGGAAAAAAUAAAUGGGAAAUACCUGUUUCUCUCUCUCUGUCGAAGCAUCAGGGGCUGAUCUUCACCCUAAAUCUAGGGAUUUGACAUUCAGCACAGUAUUAUGGAAGGAAAAAAUACUAAUGUAAACCACUUUUAAAUAACAAAGUGCUUUGCUGGCUCAUCAGUAUUGUCUGCAUUGUAGGAAUGAAACACAUUUAUUCAAGGGAGCUUCCCACAUACCAAAUUCACCUUACACAGAUGUAGCAUUUUUGCCACUGCAUUUGGAUCAUAGUUAUUACAAACUCAGUCUAUUUUGGCUAAAUCCUCUAGGAUGACUGCUCGGAGCUUUGUAUUGCCCCAAAAGUUUAAGUGAAGAUACUUUAUUUAUACCUAGAAGUCUUCAUUACUUUUCACAAAGACUUCUGAACAUAAUGCCAUCCACAUGUGCCAGCUUCUGCAGAAUCCUUCCUAAAUAUAAUCUUUAAACUUACUAAGCAAAUACAGAAAAUGAUCAUCCACACUAAUGGUGUACAUUUUGUGUGUAAAUUGUAAAUGUCUGACAGCAUAUACCGGAUUGUAAUUGAAAUGCUGAAUCAUAAUUUUAGCCAAAUUUUGCUAUGGGUAUUAGUUCAGUGAGCUAAGAAGAGCUAAAAUCAAUAAAGAAGGAAUACAGGCAUCUCUUUGCUACAAGUAAAAAUGCAAGAACUCCGAUUUUCUAGCUCUUAUACUACAGCUGUAUUGGAUUAAGUUUGAGUUACUGUAUUUGGACAUUAUCAAGUGAAACUGUUAGCAGUCAAUUCAUAAUCCUUUCAUGUAUUACCUGAGUUUAAUUACUUUGCCGAGGAGCUAUGUAAAAGUGUAAGAAAUAGCCACCUAUUUUAGAUUCAUCCAUCACAAUCUCCUCAAAGGCUUGAUCUCCAGUCCUGCGUGUCUUGAAGUGGGAAGGAAAAACAACAUUAAUACUGAUGUGAAGCUAGCAAAAUUUUAUUUUGUACUUAAGACAGAGAUCUCACACCUUUGGCCUGGUUUUGGGAAAAGAACUGUUCAAGUUCUGGCACUGCAUGGAAUAACAGUGAAAGGACAUUGCUAUUUAGUGGUGGAAAUAAUAAAUAGGAAUCUACUUUCAGCAUAGUAAUUUUUUUUUUUUCCUAAGAGAAAACAUUUUAUCAGUUGUUGACUUACUGAAAAGCAUCUGGAAAGUGUUCAGUAAGUAUGCUUGGUAGAAUCAAGAGUGCUCCUCUGUACAAAGGCUAAAAAUAGUACCAGACAUUUAAAAUGCAGUAGCCUUUAAAAAGUUCAAAACAAAAAUGUGACAAAUUUUCAGAAUUAUCAAAUUUUGCUUAUCAUUGGUGAAGCAGAAUUCCAGCAUUUGGUGCACUUUUAUGUCCAAGUCCAAACUCGUCACGUUUGAUUUAGAGAGAUUAUAUUAGUUGUGUUACUAAUUAACAGGUAUGUAAACUACAGGUUGAUAGAGUUCUUCCUUAACCCAUGCAUUUCAGGUGGGUAGUUCAUUCAAUACCAUUAAACUGCCACAGGAUUUAUUUUAGAGCAGAUUUGGUUAGCUAAAUAAAAACAAUUCUUACAAAAGGCUUGUAAUGGACAUUUAGCCUCUUGCUGUUUCAGUUAUCCAAAUGCGAUCUGGAGCUUAUAAAUAAAACAUGAGCUUAAGGGCAUACUAAGUGGUCUGAAGUGCACAGACAGUUGUAACAGUAUUGACUGUUACGUGUUUGGUACCCAGGGUUUAAAUACUGAAAAACCAAAAGAUAAAGAAUCAAAGCUGUUUAGGCUAAUACAGACAAAAGCAAAGCUCCACCAGUGCAACAGGAUCUCUUAUAGCCACCAAAUGGAAGACAGCUGUCAGAGGUGAAAACCAAGGAAGAAGCAAAAGCCAAGUGAAAAGAUUGCGUAUUAUAUGACACAAAUUCAGAUUAAAAAGCUCACACUGCACAAGCAUUCACAACAUCUGCAUUUUCUGAAAUUUUGUUUCCCAUUACAAGACUGUCUAUCAAAGUACUCACUCCGAAAAUGUUUUGUCACUUUGUUUCCUUCAUGAUGUCAAUAGCAAAGGAAGGGGUAUUUUACAUGCAGGGAUUUUAUACAUAAAUAUAUUUUUAUUUGUAAUUAAGCCAUUCUCAAUAAAGGUUUAAAGUCACAGAUAACCCUGUAAUAUAA